AGCGGCACCAUUAUUGAUUAUGUAACAAUAUGGCGGGCAGAGCGAUUUUGUGUUUACAUCGUGUUACUGCGAGAUUACCAAAGAAAAUACCCUCAUUUCAAGCAAGGAAAAGCCUUUCGUUAUCAUUUGGUCUGCUGCGACCAAGUGACUCAGAGUGGCGGGAAAAGCUUACCCCUCAACAGUUCACAGUCUGUCGCCAAAAAGGAACAGAACCACCUUGGAGUGGAGAAUACAACAACUUUAAGGGAAAAGGUAUUUUCCAGUGCGUUUGCUGCAGUGCAGACUUGUUCAGCUCAUCAACAAAAUUCGAUUCCGGUAGUGGCUGGCCCUCAUUUUUUUCCUCAGUGAAAGACAAAUCUGACAUCAGUGCUGUCUGUGAGAAUGUGGACAACAGCUAUGGAAUGAAAAGGACAGAAGUUGUUUGUAGAAAGUGUGACAGUCACCUUGGCCAUGUAUUUACUGAUGGACCUCCUCCUACAGGAUUAACAUACUGUAUUAACAGUGUAGCAUUACAGUUCAAACCAGAGGAAAGUUAGGUAUUGCAUCUAAACCAAGUUUUACAUUGGGUCUCAAGAUAUCCUGUCUAAAAUUCUUCGUCUUUUAGAGUUAGUUAAGAAUCUAGUGCCCAUUUUAUAGUUUUCUCUGUCCGGGGAAAAAGGGAUUUGGAUCGUCCAGGUGUAUGGAGCUGAGAGUGUGGUUGACAACUCUGUGGUGUGCCUCAUCUGCACGAAUCGCGAGGAUCACAUCUCGCAUCACGGCAUCUUCCUAAAAGGAAAUUAUUCAAACAAAUAAUGGUUACAACUAUGUUAAUUUUCAUUGAUCUUAUUGAUUAAAAAGGUCUGUGCCUUUAAAUUGAUAUUUUUUUUUAAAUUAAAUAACAUUAAAAUGUAUACAUAAAGCAGCCUCACAAUCUUUUGCUUGACAUUUGAUAAGCUUGUCCUAUAACAUAUCUGUUAUUUCAAGGCUAUUGCCAGGGCUCAACAAUGUCACCUUUGUUUUUAACAGUAUAUAGUUGGUAUUUGAGGGAUUUGGGGUAAUCAAGACACCUACCUUUAACUUCCAGUAAUUACUAGCAAUUUUGGGAGCUUUCAAUGUGUUCCAUGUUGGUAGUUUCCCAUUGUCAAUACACUAAUAUAUGAAAAAGUACCUCUGUAAGUGACUCAUUUUGGAAAUAAAUAAAAAUAUAUAUUUCAGACUCA